GGGAUUCAACGUUGGUGAAUGAGAGAGGGAUUGCUGUUGAUAUUACGAGUCUGUGGACAAGAAGUCUGUGGACAAGAAGUCUGUGGGGACCAAGUGGAAGAUGAAGUUCGAACACCUACUCUCGGUUGUCAAUGGAUUUGGACGGUUCCAGAUUAUGAUCAUUAUCAUCAGCUUUAUUGGUCGAUUCACCCUGCCGUGUCACUUCCUGCUGAACAACUUCAUAGCAGCCGUGCCCUCUCACCACUGUGACCUCAGUGCUCUGGAUGAUGGCAGCCUCUUUGAGAAUCUGACCCAGGAGCAGAGACUGACUGUCAGCGUUCCAGUACAGGAAGAUGGGACUCCAAGCUUCUGUAAGAUGUUCCCAGAGCCCCAGUUCCAGCUCCUUUCCAACUCCAAUGACCGUGACCUAGUUACAGUCCCCUGUCAGAAUGGAUGGGCAUAUGACAACAGCACCUUCAAAUCCACUCUGGCUACAGAGUGGGACUUGGUGUGUGACCAGAAAGGGCAAAAUAAGGCGACAACAACCAUCUUCUUCAUAGGAGUGAUGUUCGGAGCUAUGACCUUUGGAAGCCUGAGUGACAGGUUUGGUAGGAAGCCCAUGCUCCUGGUGUCCUAUAUCUCUGGCAUGCUGUUUGGUUUUGCCAGUGCUUUCUCCACUUCUUUCAUCAUGUUCGCUGUGCUCAGGUUCUUCACUGGGUUCGGUAUCACCGGCAUCGUUAUCGUCUCAUCAGUACUCAGUGUGGAGUGGGUGGACAUUGAGCACAGAAAGCUGGUGGGAGUGAUUGACAGCCUGUCCUGGACGUUUGGUUACUGCAUGAUUCCAGCCAUAGCCUACUGUGUGACCGACUGGAGACAGCUAACCAUAGCGGUCACCUCACCUCUUGCUCUAGCUAUACUCACCUGGAGGUGGAUUCCUGAGUCAGCCAGGUGGCUCAUAGCCAAUGGGAAGUUUGAGAAAGCUAACUUUUAUUUGCAACAAUGUGCCCAGAUGAACCAGAAGGAGGAGUUUGGAUCCAAAAUUACACCAGAGACUCUGUCCAGCAUCAUUGUGACAGAGAGAAAAGACAGAAGUCACUCCUACCUGGACUUGGUUAGGACACCAAAGAUGAGGAGGCUGGCUCUACUAACAGGCAUAGUGUGGUAUGGUGUUGCAUCAACAUUUUAUGGCAUUAGCUUCAACAUCACUGGAUUUGGACUCAAUAUCUAUCUGACCCAGUUUGUGUACGGUGCCAUAGAGCUGCCAGCCAAACUAUCAGCGUACUACCUUCUGGAUAAGGUGGGCAGGAGAAACACAGAAGUGGGAUCUUUACUAGGAGCUGGAAUCUGUCUCGCUAUCAACAUCUUUAUACCCCGAGACAUGUCUGUUUUAAGGACGGUGGUGGCGGUGCUGGGGAAGGGUUGCUCGGCAACAUCCUUCACAACCGUUGUGUUGUACAGCUCUGAGCUGUUCCCUACUGUGGUCAGGCAGAACGGCAUGGGCUACAACUCAUCCAUGGGUCGUCUGGGAGUGUCUCUGGCCCCUCUGAUCCUGCUGCUGGAUGAGGUGUGGAGGGACCUUCCACAGGUACUCCUCUGCUCCAUAGCCCUGCUGGCUAGCCUGGUGGCCAGGAUGCUGCCGGAGACACGGGGCCGCUGUCUACCAGAGACCAUCCAGGAUGUCGAGGACGGGCAGACAGGGAAAGGUUUGGCUGGAUCCCAAGUUGUGGAAACAACAGAUAUCCCUCUCAAAUCAAAGGACAAUGAUGAGGUGGAAAAUGGAUACUAAGAUUCUUCCUGUAUAUAUUUUUGAUAUGCCCAAAUGUGCACCCUGUGGAAUGCUUUUGACAACUUGUAGAGUCUAUGCCCGACGAAUUCAGGCUGUUCUGAGGGCAAAAUGGGUGUAACUCAAUAUUAGGAAGGUUCUUUAAUGUUUUGUACACUCAGUGUGUUAGUUACACAUCAAAAACAACCUUCAAACCUCUCAAUGAUCUUAUAAAAAAAAGAUAAAUGAAAUACAAGAGAACAAAAGAGAAAGAGAGCCUGAAGUGUGAAGCAUAAUUCAAGUGUUAUUCGUCACAUACAAAUUGUAAUUUACACUUAAUUCCAAUAUUACAUUAUCUUAUUUAGAAAAGACUCCUUUUCUGUUUCAUAUCAAUGAGGAACAAGAUUAUAUUUGAUAAUGUAUCAUAACUCUUUGUGCAUUAUUCUUCACCAUAACCAUUGGCAAAUGCAUGCAAUCAAUCUUUAAUAUUGAAUAUGAGCCUAUUGUUGUAUACAGAUUUUAUACAGUACCAGUCAAAAGUUUGGACACCUACUCAUUCAACGGUUUUUCUUUAUUUAUACUAUUUUCUACAUUGUAGAAUAGUAGUUAAGACAUCACAACUAUUAAAUAAUGCAAAUGGUGUACCUGCAAAACAGGUGUACCUUGUUAAAAGUUAAUUGAGGAAUUUCUUUCCUUCUUAAUGUGUUUGAGCCAAUCAGUUAUGUUGUGACAAGGUAGGGUUGGUAUACAGAAGAUAGCCCAAUUUGGCAAAAGACCAAGUCUCUUCUUAUUAUUGGUGGCGGCAGGGUGGUUAGAGUGUUGGACUAGUAACCGAAAGGUUGCAAGUUCAAAUCCCCGAGCUGACAAGGUACAAAGGUACAAAAUCUGUCGUUCUGCCCCUGAACAGGCAGUUAACCCACUGUUCGUCAUUGAAAAUAAGAAUUUGUUCUUAACUGACUUGCCUAGUAAAAUAAAUAAAUACAAAUAUUAUGGCAAGAACAGCUCAGAGAAACAACAGUCCAUCAUUACUUUAAGACAUGAAGGUCAGUUAAUACGGAACAUUUCAAGAACUUUGAAAGUUUCUUCAAGUGCAGUCACAAAAACCAUCAAGCGCUAUGAUGAAACUGGCUCUCAUGAGGACCUCCACAGGAAAGGAAGACCCAGAGUUACCUCUGCUGCAGAGGAUAAGUUCAUUAGAGUUAACAGCCUCAGAAAUUUCAGCCCAAAUAAAUGCUUCACAGAGUUCAAGUAACAGACACAUCUCAACAGACUGCGUGAAUCUGUAAUAUUAUUAUGGUAAUAUUGCUGCAAAGAAACCACUACUAAAGGACACCAAUUAUAAGAAGAGACUUGGUUGGGCCAAGAAACACGAGCAAUGGACAUUACACCGGUGGAAAUCUGUCCUUUGGUUUGAUGAGCCCAAAUCAAAUGCUGCAUCAGGUAACCAGGCAUCCACAAUCACCCGAGCUCAACCCAAUUGAGAUGGUUUGGGAUCGGUUGGACCGCAGAGUGAAGGAAAAGCAGCCACCGCAGAGUGUUGGAAAAGCAUUCCAGGUGAAGCUGGUUGAGAGAAUGCCAAGAAUGUGAAAAGCUGUCAUCAAGACAAAGGGUGGCUACUUUGAAGAAUCUAAAAUCUAAAAUAUAUUUUGAUUUGUUUAACACUUUUGUAGUUAAUACAUGAUUCCAUAUGCAUUAUUUAAUAUUUAAUAUUCCAUAUGUGUCAUUUCAUCGUUUUGAUGUCUUCGCUAUUAUUCUACAAUGUAGAAAAUGUUAAAUUAAGAAAAAAUGUUGAAUGAGUAGGUGUAUCCAAACUUCUGACUGGUACUGUAUAUGCAUAUAUUAAAUAUAUAUGUAAAAACACUUAAAGUGUGCCGGUAUAAUGCUUUAUAACUUUAGGUUGCAAACAUGAUUUAAAUAUUUCUAAACAUUAUUACGUUAAUACAUUUGAAUAAAAUGCAGAAUUUUUUUUGUAAAUGUCCCUUCCAUGUGAUAUAAUUUCUGUGAUCAUGAAAACAAAUAAAGAAACAUGACCUCAUGUUGACCUGUGGUCGCAUGGUCGGUUCCAUCACAACAA